CGUAAGCGCUCCCCACAAGCCAGGAAUGACGUAAGAGAGCCAAUGGGCGUUCUCCUUAGUGUGAGGUGCCUGGGAGAGUGAAGCGAGGGAAAGAUGGAGGCUGUUUCUGAAGCGGCGGCUGAGGGCGAGCGGCUCUCGAUUGCCGCCGGUGUCCCUCCUUCGGUUCCGGAACGGCUCCAACAGCGAGAAGCAGAACGGCGAGAAGAGGCUGGGCGGAGGCGGCGGGAGCGCGACGCGCAGGCUGUGCAAGAGGAGCAGAGCGACUUCUUCACGGCAGCCUUCGUCCGAGAACGGGACGCCGUCGAGGCGCUGCUGGGGCCAGAGUUGGACACGGCUGCUGAAGCUGCAGCCACGCGGCUGGAGGAGGCUGCUGGGCGGCUGCAAAGCCUGAAGAGGCUGUUAACGGACUCGGUGCGUUUCCUGGCUCCCUAUGAGGUGCGGCAGGCGCAGGCGACGCUGACCAAGCUGCAGAACACCCUUUCGGAGCGGCGCCUGCAAGUGCAGCCCAAGAAGCGCUUUGCUUUCAGGGCUCGCAAGAAGGAGUCCGCAGCUGCUCAGGAGCCCCCGAAGGAUUCCACGCGGGCACAAGCUUCCAGUGAGGCGGUCCUUUCUUCCUCUGAUCCCGAGUGUGGAUUUAGCCGAGUCGAGGGGCAGGAACUGCAGCUGGGUCCGGCCGAGCUGCUGCAGCGGAACGUGGUGUUGUCUCACCUGACCAGUUGCCGGGUGCAGCUUUGUGGCAACCCCAACACGCUGCUGAUGCGCGGCUGCCGGGACUGCACAGUUCUCUGCGGACCGGUGUCCACUUCGGCGCUUGUGGAAGACUGCAGUGGCUGCCUCUUGGCCCUCCCCUGCCAGCAGCUUCGCGCACACCACACCACCCAGACUAGCUUCUACGUGCAAGUGACUAGCCGAGCCAUGCUGGAAGACUGCAGCGGAGUCCGCCUUGCCCCGUACACGUGGAGUUACGUGGGCAUCGAGGCCGACUUCGAGACAUCCGGGCUAGACAGAAGCAGGGACAACUGGAGUCAGGUAGACGAUUUCAACUGGCUGGCUCGGGAUCAGCCCUCUCCGAACUGGAGUGUGAUCCCGGAGGAGGAGAGAGUCUGUGACUGGAGCUGAACUGGAAACGCCCUAUCUGCAGUCUUCAGAGGGCCUGGAGCUCGUUGCAUUGCAGAAGGUGUGCUUGUCAAAGGACUUCUGUACCUUAUUUGUAUUCCGAUAUAGUUUAAACCAGAUGUUAUGAUGAAGAUGCGAACACACCUCUGGUGAUACUUUUGCUUUGUCAGCCAUGAAGUCUCCUGGUGCUAACUUUAUCAGUUUUUUUGCUGUAUGCCUUUAGCUGAUUGCCUGAUCUUUAGAGUAUUUUACUAGUGAUCAUUAAAGUAGUUCAAAUUACACGUUGCUUUCUGGAACAAGAUUGUAAGGGCUUUAACUUUUGUUUCAAAUAUUCUAAAUGCAAAACAUCUUUCUGUGUAGCAUUCUUUUCCUGACUUCUACCAGUACAAAGAAUUCUACAAAGUUUAAUUUAUAAAAUAUUGUCCAAUGGUAAAUGGAAGCUUAAGACAAUAUUAUACUCUGAUUUUGAUCCUGUUUGGUGCAUAUAAUUGCUUCAGUGUUGUUAAUACUUGCAAGUAGGUGAUUAAAAGAAGUCAAAACACAAUGCAGUCGAAAGUAGACAAAAGUCACUGGAAGAAAGUUAAGUACAUUCUUGAAACAGUUUGUAGAACUACUUAAUAAACGGGGACCCCUGCCUUAAGCUGUAAUGCUUUUAUAGCUAUCAAAUUACAUUCAUGGUUUGUGCGCUGUCUAAAACGAUAUUUGGAUGUUUUGUACAAAUAUAGUGUCUGAGCAUUUCACACUAGUGUAUUAAUCGUUUUGUGUUUUGUUGACAAGAGUUAAGCAAGUUACUAAAUCUCAUACCACUAAGCAAAUACCAUACUGUCUUUACUACUCUGUCUGGAUUUGUAUACUGAUGUACUGACUUUGCACAAAAUGCUGAAGAGACUUAAGUUAUUGUAUUGGUCUGAUGCUGUUUUUACUCUUAAGUACCUCUCAUGGCCCCUUGGAUUAAAACAAAGAUUUUCCUGUGAA